AUGGGAGAAUCAAGAACAGAAUUGUUGGCUUGGGUCAAUGACUUGUUGCAGAUCAAUUAUACCAAAGUUGAACAAGCAGGAACAGGUGCUGCUUAUUGCCAGAUUAUGGACUCCAUCUUUGGCGACGUUCAUAUGAGCAAAGUAAAAUUUGAGACCAAACACGAAUACGAAUAUGUCGCCAACUUUAAAGUUCUUCAGCACACUUUUGACAAGCACAAAGUGGAUAAAGUGAUUCCCGUGGAUCGUUUAAUGAAAUGUAAAUUCCAAGAUAAUCUCGAGUUUAUGCAAUGGGUCAAACGUUUCUGGGACCAAAAUUUUCCCGGUGGAGCAUACGAUGCUCUCCAGCGACGUAAAGGGGGUGCCCCACCCGUCAAAACGGUACGAGCAGGGGGCGCAACUGCUGCUCGCCGACCGGCAGCCGCUGCUACAGCGCGUAGCACAAGUCGUACAACGGCAAUGUCUGGUCGUGGAUCCAGUGCAUCGGCAAGCGGCAAUGGACUGGAUCAUCAUUCGUCAUCCAUGAUUAUCGAGUUGAAUAAGCAGAUCUCGGAACUCAAGAUGUCAGUUGACAGUCUUGAAAAGGAACGCGAUUUUUACUUUGGGAAACUGCGAGAUAUCGAGAUCAUGGUGCAGGAACAGCUUGAACUCGCUGAAGGACAUGACGACGCGCCCGAGUACGUUUGUCUCAAGGAAAUUCAGACGAUUUUGUACAGUACUGAGGAGGGAUUCGAAAUACCCCCUGAAGGUGAAGAAGGUCUUGUUGCGGAUGAGUAUGAUGAUGAGACCUUUUAG